CCCGGCCACCACCACGGUGCCCAGGCCGGUCCCGCGGGCCACCAGGCUGACGUGGGCCCGCGUGUGCCCGGGCGUGGCCACCACCUCCAGGACCCGCGGCGGCGGGAGGCGGAGCCCCAAGAUGGCGGCGGCUCUGAGGGGCCGCUCCAAGAUGGCGGCGGCGGCCGCUGCCUGAGGGACUCCGCGCGCUUUUCCCCCGUUUUUUGGGGCUCCCCCCGGUUUUGGGGGCUCGGAGAUGGCGGAGGAGAAGAAGCUGAAGCUGAGCCACACGCUGCUGCCCGCCGAGUCCAUGAAGGUGAUGGCGGAGGCCAUGGGGGUGCCGGGGGUCCCUGAGGAGACGUGCCAGCUGCUGGCGGAGGAGGCGAGCUACCGCCUCAAGGAGGUGGCGCAGGAUGCUCUGAAAUUCAUGCACAUGGGGAAGAGAAGAAAACUCACCACAGGGGACGUGGAUUUCGCCCUAAAAUUGAAAAAUGUGGAGCCCCUGUACGGGUUCCAGGCCCAGGAGUUCAUCCCGUUCCGCUUCGCCAGCGGCGGCGGCCGCGAGCUCUACUUCUACGAGGAGAAGGAGGUGGAGCUGAGUGACAUCAUCAACACCCCCCUGCCCAGGGUGCCCCUGGAUGUCUGCCUCAAAGCUCACUGGCUCAGCAUCGAGGGCGUGCAGCCGGCCAUCCCUGAGAACCCCCCUCCAGCCCCCAAGGAGCAGCAGAAGGCCGAGGCCACUGAACCCCUGAAAUCGGCCAAGCCCGGGCAGGAGGAGGAGGGGACCCCGAAAUCCAAGGGGCCAGGAGGGGCUGGGGGCGAUGGAAAAGGGAAGGAGAAGAAGCCCCCCCUGCUGGAGGCGCCCCCCCUGCGGCUGAAGCCGCGCAGCGUCCACGAGCUCUCGGUGGAGCAGCAGCUCUACUACAAGGAGAUCACCGAGGCCUGUGUGGGGUCCUGCGAGGCCAAACGGGCUGAAGCUCUCCAGAGCAUCGCCACUGACCCUGGGCUGUACCAGAUGUUGCCGCGCUUCAGCACCUUCAUCUCCGAGGGGGUGCGGGUGAACGUGGUUCAGAACAACCUGGCGCUGCUCAUUUACCUGAUGAGGAUGGUGAAGGCUCUGAUGGACAACCCCACCCUGUACCUGGAGAAAUACCUGCACGAGCUGAUCCCCGCUGUCAUGACGUGCAUCGUCAGCCGCCAGCUCUGCCUGUCCCCGUGUCCCCAUGUCCCCAAUGUCCCCAGAGGAACCGGCGACCCCCCCCAGGUGUGA